CAUGGGUCCUACCAGCAUUCCCUCCGUGCCCCUGAUGGUGGGCUGUGGAGUGUCCUGCACGGCCCUGCUCAUCCUGCUGCUAAUCUACGCUGCCUUCUGGAGGUACAUCCGUUCGGAGAGAUCGAUCAUCCUGGUGAAUUUCUGCCUCUCCAUCCUGGCCUCCAAUUUGUUGAUUUUGGUGGGACAAUCUCAAACGCUUAGCAAGGGCCUCUGUACUGUGACUGCCGCUUUCCUGCAUUUCUUCUUCUUGGCGUCCUUCUGCUGGGUGCUGACAGAAGCGUGGCAGUCCUACCUGGCCGUCAUUGGCAAAAUGAGGUCGCGGCUCAUUCGCAAGCGUUUCCUGUGCCUCGGCUGGGGUCUUCCAGCCCUAGUUGUAGCAGUGUCGGUGGGUUUCACCAGAGCAAGAGGUUACGGCACAGCCAGCUACUGCUGGUUAUCCUUGGAGGGGGGUCUGCUUUAUGCCUUCGUUGGACCUGCUGCCGUCAUCGUUUUGGUGAAUAUGCUCAUCGGAAUCGUGGUGUUUAACAAGCUCAUGUCUCGAGACGGCAUCUCUGACAAGUCUAAAAAGCAGCGAGCGGGUGUCCCGGCGGAGGCGCGGAGCCGACUGCUCCUGAAAUGCUCCAAGUGUGGCGUGAUCUCGAGCACCGCGCUGUCCAGCUCGACUGCCAGCAGUGCCAU